AUGGUCUACCGCGCUCUAGCAUCGGGAAUAGAGCUCCCUGCUACGAAUGCGGAGCGUCUCCGGCGCGGCUUGCCGUUGAAGCCACCAGUCCAGCGGACAACCGCAAAGAACCCCAAACGUUCUUCUAUCCCGCCGCCGCCGCUCAACGAACUCUACGGUUUCAUUUCCAUUUCGGACGAAAGUGGCCCGGUUGGAUACCUGCAGUGCGAGGCCUACUGCAAGAUGCUUCCUAUCAUCUACUCGUACGAAGCUACGUCCUUCCGGUUCACUCCGAACGAUCUCAAUGGUGGCGGUCAACCUUUCCCAGUCACAUACGACGGUGGCCAUUUACCGAACAUGGGAGGACACGUCUCGGCGAAUGUGGGUGAAUUGGGACCAGGAAGUGCCGCCGCUGAUCCGAGUGGCAACCUGUAUUUGACUGGAGACGUUGCGGAAUUCCAAUCGCUCCAUGGGACAGGAUCUUCGGGCGCUUUGACUUUCCACUUCCCAGCUAUAUUUGUUAACCCUCCACGGGCUCGUCUUUGA